CGGCGGGCUGCUGCAGGUGUCACAGAGGGAAUCUAGGAAAUGAGAGUCUGAUGUGUAGGGAGGGGAAGGGAAGGGAAGGGGGGGGGGGGAAUUCCCAGCCCAGGACUUCCUGUUUCCUACGUGUAAGUUCCCAAGUUCAGUUGGAGAAGUGGAGGGCCGCUUGGCAUUAGGGAGUCUGGGGUGGAAUCCUAAAGGAAAUAAUGUGUCCCGGAGUUGCCUUCUCCCACCAGUUUCCCUCUCCCCUUCCUUCUCCUCCACCUCCUCCUCCUCUCCCAAUUCCCUCUUCCUUCAGCUCUGAUUAAUAUGCAAGUCCACGCUCUGUAGUGCGUGCCACACUCCAGGGACCGCGCCUCCCGCCGCUGCCGCUGCCUUUCGCCUGACCCUUGGCAUUGGGAGGCCGAGCUGAAGGCAGCAGCGUGGGCAGGGAAGGCUGAGCAUUCGGAGCGCGAAGCUUGGCGACCCCCAACCCCGCGCCUGCACCCCGCCACCCCGCCGGACUGAUCGCCUAGGCGGCCCGGACCCGGGGUCCGAGUCCGUCUGGGUCUGCUCAACGAUGGACAGCCCCCGGGGCUCGCAGCGCGCCAGCAAACGCGCUGAAUUGUACCUGUGCGUGGCCAUUCCCGCCGCCGCCGCAGGUCUAUCCCGGCCGGGAGCCGGCGCCCGCCUUGUCGGGGAUUUCUCGGGAGGGGGGAGUGGAGGGGAGCCACGCGGCUGUCUGCCUAGCUCGCGGCUGGCGCGCACACGCAACACGCCCAACUUUGCUAAGCGGCCGGCGCCCCCCGCUGAAACCUGUGUCUCUCCGGCUCUGAGACUGGGGGUUCCCCACUCCUACACCCGCUCGUUAGAAGAGAGGGCGGGGUGGCGGUGCUACUGACACCCUGGCCAGCUGUUCACAGCCACUCUCCGCCCUCCCGCAGGGGCGCCCGCUCCAGCCCCGCCGCGCAAGGUCCCCCAGACCCGCCAGUGACGACAGAGGAGGAGGAGGAGGAGGAAGAAAAGGAGGACAAGGAGGAGGACGCAGUGAGAAAAGCCGGGAGUUAGGGAGCACCGGAGCCCCGGCGACCCGCGGAUCCUCCGCCUGACAGCUGGCGCGCAGAGUCUGCCCGCGAUAGCGCCGCCGCCGCUCCCCGCGCCACCCCAUCGUUGGCCUUGGGGGUCGGGAUGCUGCGGCAGGUUCUGCACAGGGGCUUGAGGACGUGUUUCUCCCGGCUCGGCCACUUCAUUGCCAGUCACCCGGUCUUCUUCGCCUCGGCGCCGGUGCUCAUCUCCAUCCUGCUGGGCGCCAGCUUCAGCCGCUACCAGGUGGAGGAGAGUGUGGAGCACCUGCUGGCGCCCCAGCACAGCCUCGCCAAGAUCGAGCGCAACCUCGUCAACAGCCUCUUCCCGGUCAACCGCUCCAAACACCGGCUCUACUCGGAUCUGCAGACCCCGGGGCGCUACGGCCGGGUCAUCGUCACCUCCUUCCAGAAAGCCAACAUGCUAGACCAGCACCACACCGACCUGAUCUUAAAGUUGCAUGCUGCUGUGACCAAGAUCCAGGUUCCAAGGCCUGGUUUUAAUUACACAUUCGCUCACAUAUGUGUCCUGAAUAAUGAUAAGACUUGCAUUGUGGAUGACAUAGUGCAUGUUCUGGAGGAGCUAAAGAAUGCUCGGGCCACCAACCGGACCAAUUUUGCUAUUACGUACCCGAUCACUCACUUAAAGGAUGGGAGGGCAGUGUACAACGGGCACCAGCUUGGAGGUGUCACUGUGCACAGCAAGGACCGAGUGAAGUCUGCAGAAGCUGUCCAGCUUACCUACUACUUGCAGUCAAUCAACAGUCUUAAUGACAUGGUGGCCGAGAGGUGGGAAUCUAGCUUCUGUGACACUGUCCGACUAUUCCAGAAAUCCAACAGCAAAGUCAAAAUAUACCCUUAUACGUCCUCCUCACUGAGGGAAGAUUUCCAGAAGACCAGCCGUGUGUCAGAGCGCUACCUGGUCACCAGCCUGAUCCUGGUGGUCACCAUGGCCAUCCUCUGCUGCUCUAUGCAGGACUGCGUCCGCAGCAAACCCUGGCUAGGCCUGCUUGGGUUGGUGAGCAUAACCCUGGCCACCCUCACAGCAGCCGGGAUCAUCAAUCUCACUGGUGGGAAAUACAAUUCCACCUUCCUAGGAGUUCCCUUCGUCAUGCUAGGUCAUGGAUUAUAUGGGACUUUUGAAAUGUUAUCCUCCUGGAGGAAAACUAGAGAAGACCAACAUGUUAAAGAGAGAACUGCAGCAGUCUAUGCAGACUCCAUGCUCUCCUUUUCUCUCACCACUGCCAUGUACCUGGUCACCUUUGGCAUCGGGGCCAGUCCUUUCACGAACAUUGAGGCAGCCAGGAUUUUCUGCUGUAAUUCCUGUAUUGCAAUCUUCUUCAACUACCUCUAUGUACUCUCGUUUUAUGGUUCCAGCCUGGUAUUCACUGGCUACAUAGAAAACAAUUACCAGCAUAGUAUCUUCUGUAGAAAAGUCCCAAAGCCUGAGGUAUUGCAACAGAAGCCGGCAUGGUACAGGUUUCUCCUGACAGCCAGAUUCAGUGAGGAGACUGCUGAAGGCGAGGAAGCAAGCACUUAUGAGAGUCACUUAUUGGUAUGUUUCCUCAAACGCUAUUACUGUGACUGGAUAACCAACACCUAUGUCAAGCCUUUUGUAGUUCUCUUUUACCUUAUUUAUAUUUCCUUUGCCUUAAUGGGCUAUCUACAGGUCAGUGAAGGGUCAGACCUUAGUAAUAUAGUAGCAACUGCAACACAAACCAUUGAGUACACUACUGCCCAGCAAAAGUACUUCAGCAACUACAGUCCGGUGAUUGGGUUUUACAUUUAUGAGUCCAUAGAGUACUGGAACACUAGUGUUCAAGAAGAUGUGCUAGAAUACACCAAGGGGUUUGUGCGGAUAUCCUGGUUUGAGAGCUACUUAAAUUACCUUCGGAAACUCAAUGUGUCCACUGGCUUGCCUAAGAAAAACUUUACAGACAUGUUAAGGCAUUCCUUCCUGAAAACCCCCCAAUUUUCACAUUUUCAAGAGGACAUAAUCUUCUCUAAAAAGUACAAUGAUGAGUUCGAUGUAGUGGCCUCCAGAAUGUUUUUAGUAGCCAAGACCAUGGAAACAAACAGAGAAGAGCUCUAUGAUCUCCUGGAAACCCUGCGGAGACUUUCUGUCACCUCCAAGGUGAAGUUUAUUGUCUUCAACCCAUCCUUUGUGUACAUGGAUAGAUAUGCCUCCUCUCUGGGAGCCCCCCUGCACAACUCCUGCAUCAGUGUUUUGUUCCUGCUCUUCUUCUCAGCAUUCCUGGUGGCGGAUUCUCUGAUUAAUGUCUGGCUCACUGUAACGGUUGUGUCCGUGGAGUUUGGAGUUAUAGGUUUCAUGACAUUAUGGAAAGUAGAACUAGACUGCAUUUCUGUACUAUGCUUAAUUUAUGGGAUUAACUACACAAUUGACAAUUGUGCUCCACUCUUAUCUACAUUUGUCCUGGGGAAGGAUUUCACAAGAACUAAAUGGGUAAAAAAUGCCCUUGAAGUGCAUGGGGUAGCUAUUUUACAGAGUUACCUCUGCUAUAUUGUUGGUUUGAUUCCUCUCGCAGCUGUGCCUUCAAAUCUGACCUGUACACUGUUCAGGUGCUUGUUUUUAAUAGCAUUUGUCACCUUCUUUCACUGCUUUGCCAUUUUACCUGUGAUACUGACUUUCCUGCCACCUUCUAAGAAAAAAAGGAAAGAGAAGAAAAAUCCUGAAAACCGGGAGGAAAUCGAGUGUGUAGAAAUGGUUGAUAUGGAUAGUACCCGAGUGGUUGACCAAAUCACAACAGUGUGAUAGUGUCUGCUUGUUAUAUUCCACCCUAGGUCAUAUCAAGAGUGGAGAGAUUACGUUGGUGAUGCAAACUCAAAGUUGUUAAAGUUAUUCUUUUCUUAUUAAGGAUAAGAAGUGAGCAUUGCCAAAAAAAAAAAAAAAAAGGAACACAAGGGAAAUGGGCAUAUGUAUAUUCAAUCUAUAAAACAAAAGGGUUGCAGUCUGAAAAUAACUACACAAGCACGUGCAUACACAUCUCUCUCUUUCUCUCUCUCUCUCUCUCUCUCUCUCUCUCUCUCUCUCUCACACACACACACACACACACACACACACACACACACUGACCCUUGAAGAUUUAUAGUCUCUUAAACUAAGAUGAUCAAAUAGAAGAAAGCAGGCAGAAUCUAUUUUAUUCACACUGCAGAUGUUGCUUGUACUGUGACAAAAACCUACUGAUUGAAAGGUCAGCUGUCAAGGCAGAAAUAGCUUUAAGCAUUGUUCAAACAGUAAGACUUCCAGAACUUCUGCAGAGCAGUAGUUCCAGGCAGGUCUGUGACUUGAGGUCUUAGCUUUCUCAUCUAGCUCCCUAACACUCCAAAGAGAUGCCUAUGAAACUGCUAGGCAGCAAAAGCAAGCUAGAAUCUGGGAAACAGACAUGGUAGUAUGGCCAUCCCCUGUGGACUGAAAACUGAAUCAACCCUAAAUUCACCCAAGUGAGGCAGUUUUGUUAUCUAGUAUAAAUCUGUCAUAUCCCUUGUCAAUAUACUGUUAACAUUUGUGUGGUCUGCUUAAUACAAAUCUACACCAAUGAUAGCUUUGGCACUGCAGAGUUGGGGUAGUUUUGUUUUGAAAUAUCUUGUUUCUUGUCACCAAAUAGAUUUGCUGUAUUAGUCAUUGUUCUUGGCAGGAGACUGUGAGCAUCACAAACCACAAAGCCAAACCCAAUGAUGGAGAAAAAGCAAGGGUCUAUUUGAUCCCAGAGACAGUGUCUGCAUUUUAACACCACCAAUAUUAACAAAAAUGGCCAGCUGGUACAGCUGUUUGUGGUUUGGCCAUACAUGCAUUUCUUGCAUAGAAGCCCAGAAAAAAAAUCUGUCCACACAUAGCUGAGGAAGGAGAAAUGAACACUGAAAUGGUUCUUUACUAUAGCUUUCAACCUGUACUACCAGUCUGCCUGUCAAAGGAGAUUUGCCUGCUCAGAAGCAUAAAGAAGGAAAGAUAGUUCCAUGGUGAACUUAAGUCCUGAAACUGAUAAACCAAGCAGGGAGAUAAAGGGCAGACAGGGAGAUAGAUGGAAAGAACUAGAAAAUAUAAUUGCCAAUUCAAAGUCAAUAAUGAUAGUCAAAUUUUCCUGCUACAUUGGCUGUACUUCCAUCUUCUAUUCCCCCACCUUUUGGGUGAUUCUGUACUUCACUGCACAGUCCUUUUGUACAUUUGUACAUUAAUGAGCCCAGAUGUUUAUACCGUUUGACUUAUAGGAUCUAAGCAUAAACAGUUUGAUUUGAGGAGGCUAUGUGUACUGCCACAGAUACCUGCAUUACUUUAAGUCUGUAAAAAUGAAGCUAAAACCUGGUUGAGGCAAAUGUCUACAGUAUCUUUCCCUUUUAGAGAUGUAGCUUACUUAGAUAUCUAUAGUGAUAAGCAUUUCCCCAAAAGCAUCUUACCUUUCUGGACCUUCGCAGAAAUACUGUGCAACUUUCCCCAUCCUCUGCAAAGGAGGAAGCUGAGACCUAGGAGAAUAAAACAAUCCAUUAAGAGUCACACCACUAGAGGGUUCCCAUUAUUGUAGCAUGCCUAAAACAGGGCAGGCCAAUUUUAGAUUUUCUCAUAAGAGGGCUAUUACUCCCUUCAAAAUACAUUUCCAAGGAAGUAACAUAGGACUUUAUUGGCCACAAAACAUUUUUUUUUACAUUUGGGGUUUGGGUUUUGACUUUCCAAACAUCAAACAUAUCCAGAUCAUCCAGAUGUACAAAUCACCAAGUACACCAAGUACAAAUCUGUGCUUCUAUUUCAUGUAUCACUCACUGUCCACACAGUUCUAAAUACAUGUAUAGGCAAUCAGAGCUAGUUUUCACACACUUGUCCAAUCUCUCCUGCAGACACACUAACUGAUCAUAACAAUGUGUUGCAUACUCAUCUAGAAGAAAGUGAGCUUUAAUCUGAGAAUAAGUGUAGUCCUCAAGAAAGGGAAAGUUUAUAUAAUAGACCUGUGAUCCAGUCUCUCUCCAAGGGGCCGGCAACUAGGCUAUUAUAGAUAAUGCACAGUUGAAGAGGGGAUUAGUUUUAUUCUUAAGUCAUAUGUUACAAAAUCAUUCUUUGAACAGUCUGUUCUCAAUCAGCCACUGAUUUAGCAUCAGCCACGUGGAAUACCUGGGCUUACAGCAACUCCACAAAAACCAAUACAAAUACACCAAUUAAAUGGAUUUUGUUGAGAAUUUAAUCAUUCAGUUUCAUCAGCCGGAAUGACAUCACUGUGGAACUUUGUUUUAUGACAGACAGUAGUUUUCCAUCUUGACUGAGUCUCUGUGUACCUUGGGAUAUUGUAUUUUUAAAUGAAGGGCAUUUUCAACCUUGUCAACUUCUCUUUUCAGCACUUGAAAUCAAGACUUUCAGAAUUCUGACUCUGGAAUGAAUUUUUUACUGGGGGACUCUGCAUGCCAAGAUUUAUUAUUUAUUGUUAGAUCAUUAUUUAUCAAUAUUGAUUAUUGCUCUGACAGCCCUCGUUAACCCUACCACCAAGGAGAAGACAUUUUAGAAGUAUUUCAGAAUCACAUUCCUGUAAAAUUCAAGACUUGACUUCGUGGAGUUUCACUUUUUCAAUCACGAUAAAGAGGGAAGGAGUGAUCCUAGCAAACACUUGUGAAAGUUUUGUUUUCCAGUUAAUUCCAACCAAGACAUUAAUGUUCACUUUACCAAAGAAACUUAUCUGGUUGGUUUCAAAUUGGUGAUUGUUGUUUGUUUACCAAAGAAAAUAUUCUCAUCAAAAUAAUUCUCCUGGUUAACUUUAAAAAAAAAAAAAACUGAUGCUUAGCCUUUCUUGACCAUUUAUAAGAGAAAAACUAGAAGUGUCAGGACAAGGGGGACAUAUUCUCAUUAAGAGAAACACAACGGAAGAUAAAAAUUCACAAGAAACUUGUGGGUUUCAAGAAAGUAAAUGAUACUUGAAAUAGUAUCUGUGAUUGUUUAAUCCUACAGCAAUCAUCCCACAAGUAGCAAGAGGGCUCCUCGGCAAAAAGAGGACAUUUGUUCUACAUAAAAUAUGACUAACCUUCAUGAAACUCCCUCUCUACUAUUACAUAUCAUACGUUUUGAGUUGGUUUGGUUUGGAGGAGGUUGGGCUUUGUUUUUCUUUGGCUUGUGGUGUUUGUGCCUGCUUGUUUUGCUCCUGUUUUUCCUACCUGUCACUUACCCCCCCAAUUUUCAGUGAGAAUGGAGAUAAUAAUUUGCCAUCCACAGCUACAGUUAUUUGUGCAGUCUACUGCUCCAAACAAAGCCCUUGGUAAUCCUCUCACUUUCACUAACCACUACCCAGGUGUUUUCAGUGGCAUUCUGGGACCAUGACACCACUUUCCUCCAGCCCCAGAAGUGGAGAUUGCUGUGUUCUCUUCUAAGAUAAAGUGGGCUGGGAGCCACCUUGGGGUGUGGCAUGAGGCAGAGCCUCUUGGACACAAUGGUAUCCUCCGCAUAAUGUCUUUAUUCCUUCGGAUCCUAUUAAAAUAGCCCUGCAGCUUG